AUGGUAAAAAUCAGAGAUGAUGUACCUGAUGGGGAACCUUGCAUUAAAGCUUUUACUUUCCAAACAAGUUUUUAUGGUUUAAAUUCUUGGGAAAAACGUCAAACAGAACUUUUUCGUUGGAGAAGAAUUUUAAAUGAAUAUCCAGAAAUUAAAGCUUUUUUGGCUGGAAUAUUUUCCCCUUUUUUAAUUGAUCAAAGAAAAACUAUUGCUCCUUCUUCUAUGCAAUCUGUUGGUUCUGCUGUAGCCGUAAUGACUUUAAUUUCUUUAUUUUUUCUUCCGGAUAAACAAUCUGUUUUUGUUAUGUCCUUUUCUUUAAUUUCAAUUUCUAUGGGUGUUUGUGGAUUUCUUUGUCUUUGGGGGUCUGAAUUAGAUUCUGUCUCUAUGGGAUGUAUUAUAAUGGCUAUAGGUUUAGCUGUUGAUUUUUCUAUCCAUAUUUGUUAUCGUUAUCAUCGUUGUUCCUCUUCGAUGACUGCUGAGCAAAAAGUAAUUGAAACACUUUCAAUUGUUGGAUAUCCAGUUUUACAAGCUGGGGGGUCUACUUUAUGGGCUAUGACUACUCUUCCUCUUACAGUUGUUUUGGUUAAUAUAUUUGGACUUUUACAUGCUUUAGUUUGGUUACCACAAUUUAUUUCUGCUUUGGAUCCUUUAGAAAGAAUUCGUAAAAAAAUUUUUUUUGAAAUUAUUAAAAAAAUAUUUUUAAGCUCGAAGAAUUCGGCAUCCACACAGUCAAUAAAUAAAUUAAUUAAUUUAUUCAAAAUUUUUUUAAAUUAA